UUGUAUGUAGUGUAGUGCAGGAGUAGUACUGCUACUAUUACUGAGUUUGUUGGCUACGCACUGAUUCGUUGUUGUAGCGCAACGGUUGCCGGUGCAUGUAGUGUUCGAGCACACCGUUGUUAGACAGUAGUACACCGAAGUUGUUUUUGUUCAUGUCAGCUGCGAUAGUUGGUGGCAUAUCCGUGGUGCGGAGGAAUCGUUAAACGGUUUUCUAUUGUCCGGUGACGGCGGCAAGGCAGCCCGUUGUUAGCCCGCCGGAACCGCGAUGGCACCGAUCCUUCGCGUACUUUUUGAGCACGCCACAGGUUAUUCAUUGUUCGCCAUCAAAGAAUUUGAAGAAGUGUCCGCGUUUUUGCCACAGGUUGAACGGGCAGUACUGGACGUGAGCAAGUUCAAAUCAUCAAUUGUGGACCUUGUGGCGUUCUCCCCAUUCAAGACAGCCAUCAAUGCGCUUGAAAAUAUUAACGCUGUCUCUGAAGGUGUUGUCCAUGACGACCUUCAGCUUUUUCUCGAAACAAAUCUCCCAAAAAAAAAAUCCAAAUUUAUAUUAGGUCUUGGCGAUGCCAAACUCGCUGCCACAAUUAAUGAGCAGUUCGGCUAUAGCUGCACACAUGUGGGCAUCGUACCAGAGGUACUCCGAGGCAUUCGAUUGCAUUUCGCUAAGCUAAUCGAGGACCUCAGUGAGUACAACUGCUCCAAGGCACAGCUAGGUCUUGGCCACUCCUAUUCGCGUUCGAAGGUGAAGUUCAACGUUAACCGUGUGGACAACAUGAUCAUUCAAAGCAUUGCCAUUCUUGACCAACUUGAUAAAGAUAUUAACGUCUUUGCAAUGCGGGUUCGUGAAUGGUAUUCCUACCACUAUCCGGAACUGGUAAAAAUUGUGAACGAUAAUCACAUGUAUGCCAAGGUAUGUCUGCUCAUCAAGGAUCGCAAAAACCUCGAAAAUAAGGAAAUUCAGACACAGCUAGAAGAGCUAUUGAUGGAUUCGGCAAAGACUCAGGCAGUCGUCGACGCUGCCCGCGCAUCAAUGGGAAUGGACAUUGCUCCUAUAGAUCUGGCCAACAUCGAGAUGUUCGCCUCGCGUGUUAUAUCCCUGUCUUCAUACCGCAAGCGUCUAACGGAAUAUUUGCGGUUAAAGAUGCAUGACAUCGCGCCGAAUCUAACAGCAAUUGUUGGCGAAAGUAUCGGUGCCCGUCUGAUUUCCAAGGCAGGUUCACUUAUCAAUCUAGCCAAGUAUCCCGCGUCGACUGUUCAGAUUCUUGGCGCCGAAAAGGCACUAUUCCGCGCAAUGAAGACACGCGGUAACACACCCAAGUACGGUUUGCUUUUCCAUUCAACUUACAUAGGCCGUGCUCAAAAACGCGACAAGGGCCGUAUUGCUCGCUACGUUAGCAACAAAUGUUCGAUCGCGUCGCGUAUCGACUGUUUCACCGAUGAGGCCUCAUCGGUGUUCGGAGAGAAACUGCGUGACCAGAUUGAAGAGAGACUGAGAUUCUACGAGACGGGCGAAAUUCCGCGCAAGAACGUCGAUGUAAUGAUGGAAGCUGAGGUGGAGGCCAAAGCAGCGGCGAAGGCAGCUAAGAAACUUAAGAAAAAAGAAAAGAAAAAGCGGAAGGCAGCCGAGGCACUUGAUGAAGAGGCGCAAGCUAACGGAGAUGAAAGUAUCUUGAAUGGAACCUUGUCGACCGGGAAGGAGAAUGGCGAAGCUUUCGAAGAAGAACAGCCAAAGAAAAAGAAAAAAAAAGCCAAGAAAUCGAAGAAAAACGAUGACGACGGCGAAGAGAAUGAACAGGCCUAAUUGUUAAGCUACGGCGUAUGCAUUCACACAUCGACGAUGUACUACCGGAUGUAGGUGCGGAAGCAAGGUCGCAUUGUCCUAAACCUGAUAGCAUUAUGAACAAGGGGUAUUUCCUUGCAGAUUAACAGGCCACUGUGAAAAAUUGCUGAAAAAAAGCAUUAAAUGCAUCAAAUGCCUAUUGCGAAAGAGCAGUAAUUUGAAAUGACAACGGCUCUGGCGAGCUGCAACCCUCGACCGAGAUAUUAUAAUGUCAUUACUUAUUCACGUUACAUUGUCGCAAGCAAUUUAUAUCAUGUUAAAUUUUCUGUUGAUGACUCUGUAUUGGCAUUUACUUUAACUAUGGACAUAUAUAUAAUUGAUAAUUAGCUGAAUCACUAGCUGUCAGAUAGCAAUGCCGUUGUUCAGUUUAUUUGGCGAACGAGUAUAUCAUUACUACUACAGGUAUGGUUGUAAAAAAGUCAUUAAAGAAUGACCGCACGUCGACUGAACACGGGGGAGAUUUAGUCAAUUUUUUUUUUAUAUUUAGGAUGAUUAAGACUGCAUGUAUCUACAUUGGUGGGUGUUCUAGGCGGCAUGCGUUCUACAUUAUAUUGUACAUGGUUGAGAAAAAUAUUGGCCAGCAAUUCGUCGUAUCGUGCACUUCCAUAGAUGUUGUGUGCAAUCGACUAGUAAAUAACUAAACAAAUAAAAAAAAUACAAUUUUUAUAUACA